AUGGAGACUAAUAAUUUUGAGCAAAGAUUUUUGGAUAUUUGUAUCGCUCCUAACACUGUUAAGAACAUUCUCAAGAACGCAAAGGUAUCAGAGAGACUAGCUGAGCUGCUUGAUCUUGGAGGUAUCACUAGUGCUGAUAAGAACGUUGGAAACCUUCUGUACACCACUUCUACUAAGAUGCCAGAAACUGCAGAGGCACACUCUAAAUUUUUAGUCGAAUACAUUAGAGAAGGAAAGAUUGACACCACUGAUAGACUUAAUGCUGCUUUCGAUUUCUUAAAAUCCGCAACUGGAGACCUAGACACUGCUAAGUUCGAUGAAGCAUGUGGAGUAGGAGUUACAGUAACUCAGGAACAAAUCGAUGAGUUUGUAAACAAGGUUUUUGAAGAGAAUAAAGACAAAAUUGAAGAAGAAAAAUGGGACUUCCAAUUUGCCACUUUUAUCCACCAAGCAAGAGAUGCACUCAAAUGGGCUGAUGGAAAAGCUAUUAUGAACUCUAUCAAUAAGAAGACUACUGAGAUUUUGGGAGAAAAACCCAAGGGUGGAAAGAAAAAGAAACCUAAGAAACCAAAGCCAUCAAAAGAAGAGUCAAAGAACAAGGAAGAAGAAGAUGAUUUUGAAAUGUAUAAGAGAAAGAGCAUCAGCUCUUUGAUCGGAAGAGAUCUUAAAGAUGCCCACAACAAGCCCGAGAUUCUUGAGGAGCACAAUAAGAUUACUGGAGGAAAGAUUAUUACAAGAUUCCCACCUGAACCAAAUGGAUUCCUCCACAUUGGCCAUGCCAAGGCAAUGAGAUUCAACUUUAUGAUGGCAGCAGAUAAUGAUGGUUUCUGUUACCUCAGAUAUGAUGACACUAAUCCAGAGAAAGAAAGCCAGGAGUAUAUUGAUAGCAUUCGCGAAUGCGUAGGAUGGCUUGGAUACACCCCAAAAGCAGUCAACUUUAGUAGUGAUUACUUCCAACAAUUAUAUGACUUUGCCGUCGAGCUUAUCAAAAGAGGAAAAGCUUAUGUCUGCCACCAAACUGCCAAAGAAAUGCAAGAAGGAAGAAAAGAGGGCGUAGAUUCACCUUACAGAAAUAGAACUGUUGAAGAGAAUCUUGAACUCUUUGAAGGAAUGAGACAAGGAAAAUUUGAAGAAGGAGAAUGUUGUUUAAGAAUGAAGGGACAAAUGGACCACAAAAAUUCCAACAUGAGAGAUCAUGUAGCUUAUAGGAUUAAAUAUACUCCUCAUCCUCAUGCUGGUGAUAAGUGGUGUGUUUAUCCAACCUAUGACUAUACUCACUGCAUUUGCGAUAGUAUCGAGCAUGUCAGUCAUUCUCUUUGUACCUUAGAGUUUGAAAAUAGAAGAGAGUCUUAUUAUUGGCUUCUUGAUGCUCUAGACAUCUUUAAGCCUGUAGUGUGGGAAUACUCAAGACUAAACAUCAGUAACACUAUUCUUUCUAAGAGAAAAAUCGAUGCUUUGAUCAAAGAAGGUCAUGUAGACUCUUGGAGAGACCCAAGACUUCUCACUCUUGAAGGUCUCAAGAGAAGAGGAUACACUCCAGCUGCUAUCAAUGAGUUCUGUGACUGCAUUGGUGUUUCCAGAAAAGGAAAUGAAAAUGUUGUUGAUGUUAAACUCUUAGAGCAUUUCAUUAGAAAAGAUCUUGAUGAGAAUGCACCAAGAACCUACUGUGUCACUGACCCUAUUAGAGUUGUUAUUGACAACAUGGGAGAUGACGAGGAGAUCUCUAAUGAAGCUGACCUCUUCCCUGGAAAUCCAGAAAAAGGAAAGAUCACAUACACUUUGACUAAGAGUAUCUUCAUUGAGGAAGCUGACUUCAGUGAAGAGCCACAGGCUAAGUACUUUGGACUUACCCCAGAACAGCCUGUUAGAAUUUUUAGUGGACCUUAUAUCAAGCUUAAGGAAGUUGUUAAGAAUGAAGACGGAUCUUUGAGUCAUCUCGUUGUUGAGAAAGUAGAUGAAGUUGAAAAGAAAGUUAAGGGUUGCAUUCAUUGGGUUAGUGAAAAAUAUAGCAUCAAUGCUAGAGUCAAUCUCUACGAUAGACUUUUUACUCAUGAAAAUCCAAAAGCUUUAGGAAAAGAUUGGAUGGGUGCCAUUAACCCAGUUUCUUUAAUUGUUAAAGAAAAUGCUAGAAUGUGGGCACAUCUCUCUGACAUUAAGCCAUAUGAUAGAUUCCAAUUCCUCAGAAAGGGAUACUUCACAGUUGAUGAGGACUCAACAGAUGAUCUGAAGAUCCUCAACUGUACUGUGACUUUAUCAGAGUCAAAAGACGCGAAGAAUUUAAAGAAGUAAUAGGAGUGCUU